AUGAACCCGUACAUCUUAGCCACCCUGCUAUUUGGACUAGGCCUAGGAACCACAAUCACCUUUGCCAGCUCUCACUGACUCCUGGCCUGAAUAGGACUUGAAAUAAAUACGCUCGCCAUUAUUCCACUUAUAGCCCAACACCACCACCCACGAGCAGUAGAAGCAACUACUAAAUACUUUCUUACCCAAGCCACCGCAGCCGCCAUACUACUUUUUGCCAGCACCACUAAUGCUUGACUUACCGGACAAUGAGACAUUCAACAGAUAUCACACCCCCUCCCCGUUACCUUAAUUACCCUUGCCCUUGCAUUAAAAAUUGGCCUUGCCCCAGUUCAUGCCUGACUACCUGAAGUCCUUCAAGGAUUGGACCUCACCACAGGCCUUAUUCUCUCAACCUGACAAAAACUUGCCCCUUUCGCCCUGCUUCUCCAAAUUCAACCGGCCAAUUCAACCAUUUUAAUUAUUCUAGGACUCAUGUCCACCCUAGUUGGGGGCUGAGGUGGUCUUAACCAAACUCAACUACGAAAAAUCCUUGCCUACUCCUCAAUCGCCCAUCUAGGCUGAAUAAUCCUAAUCUUACAAUUUUCCCCCUCCCUUACACUGUUGGCUCUUCUCACGUACUUUAUUAUAACAUUCUCAACAUUCCUUGUAUUUAAACUAAAUAAAUCAACUACCAUUAAUGCCCUCGCCACCUCAUGAGCAAAAGCCCCCAUACUCACAUCCCUUGCCCCACUCAUUCUCCUUUCACUAGGCGGUCUACCCCCACUAACAGGAUUUAUACCAAAAUGACUAAUCCUCCAAGAACUAACCAAACAAGGCCUCGCCCCUACAGCCACACUAGCUGCCCUAACUGCCCUCCUAAGCCUAUAUUUUUACCUACGCCUCACAUACGCAAUAACCCUUACCAUAUCCCCCAACAAUCUCACCGGAACUACCCCCUGACGCCUCCCCUCCACACAACUAAACCCUACCUCUAGCCGUCUCAACUACAGCCACCUUAUCCUUAUUACCCCUCACCCCAGCAGCAGUUGCCCUAUUAACCCUCUAAGG